AUGUCGUUCAAGGGCCUCAAGAAGUCGAUAGUGCGUGUGCCACAGAACUUCCGGCAAAAAAUGAAUAUGGGAGAAAUUACCCAGGAUGCAGUUUAUGCGGAUGCAGAGAGACGGUUCAAGGAAUUGGAGAUGGAAACCAAAAAGUUGAGUGACGAGUCCAAGCGGUAUUUUGCUUCGGUCAAUGGCAUGUUGGACUUUCAGAUUGACUUCUCCAAAGCUAUUGAGGAGAUUUACAAGCCCAUCUCGGGACGUUUGUCUGACCCAAAUGCAACCGUCCCGGAGGAUAAUCCGGAAGGUAUCAAGGCCUCGGAACAGUACAGGGAGGUGGUUAAGGAGUUAAAGGAGACAUUGAAGCCUGAUUUGGAGUUGAUCGAGAAGCGAAUCGUCAACCCGGCUCAAGAGUUGUUGAAGGUGAUUGCGCUGAUUCGUAAGAUGGCCACCAAAAGAGACCACAAGCAAGUGGACUUGGACCGUCAUAAGAGAAAUCAUAAGAAGUACGAAGACAAGAAAGAGAGGACCGCCAAAGAUGAGGAGAAGAUGUAUAACGCUGAGGCCGAGGUGAGCAUCGCACAACAGGAGUAUGAUUACUACAACGAUAUGUUGAAGAAUGAGCUCCCAGUGUUGUUCCAGAUGCAGCUGGACUUCAUCAAGCCACUUUUCGUUUCCUUCUAUUAUAUGCAAUUGAACAUCUUUUACACCCUCUACACUCGGAUGGAGGAGUUGAAGAUCCCAUACUUUGAUUUGCUGCUGGACAUUGUUGGAGCCUACCAUGCCAAGAAGGGGAACAUUGAGGAGCAGGCAGACACAAUUGGCAUUACUCAUUUCAAGGUAGGCCAUGCUAAGAACAAAUUGGAGGCUACCAAGCGUAGACACCAAAUGAUGAAUGCUGGUUCUCCUCCUCCGGAAGGUGGACAACUUCCACCAUACACCCCAGGACAAGGUCAGUAUGGACAAUAUGGGUACGGCAACGAAAAGCAACAGUAUGCGCAGCCUGGAGCAGUAGCACCAGGAUAUGGUCAGUAUCAAAGUCCCGCAGCUACUGGUUACCAAAGUCCUGCCGGAGGAGUACCUGGCCAAGGAUACCAAAGCCCAGCAGUUACCGGAUACCAAAGUCCAGCGGCCACUGGAUAUCAGGCUCCACCAGCCACUGGAUAUCAGGCACCGGCAGCCACUGGGUAUGGUGCCCCAGCUCCACCUACAUCUGCAGCUGCUCCUCCUGCUUAUGGAGCUGCUGGAGGUGAAACUUGUACUGCUCUUUACGACUACACUGCACAAGCGCAAGGCGAUUUGACAUUCCCCACGGGUGCUGUGAUUCAAAUUGUCGAGAAAGGAGAUGCCAAUGGAUGGUGGACGGGCACAUAUAACGGACAGACGGGACUGUUCCCAGGAAACUAUGUUCAAUUAAAUUAG